AUGGAUCCCUCUUCACCAUCGUCACGCUCCUCGCGCGACUCCCCCACCAUCAAUCCACCCGGGUCCACCACCCUCAGCUACCAUCCCAGCCCAGGUCGUCAAGGAGCGCGGUCAGAGUCUGUAUCGCCCAGGAUGGUAGAUACACCCAUCCCGGACGACGAUCAUGGUGCCGACCUCCCGAUGAACAUGACCGCGUCGGUCAUGUUGACGGGUUUACCCCGCGAUGCUCAUCAGGCACUCGCGGACGUGGAAGCUAUUGAUGCUGGCAAAGUGACCGUCCGCUUCCAGCCACUCCCAUCGGCCCCCAUUCUCAAGAACCGGGUCUUCAAGAUCAGCGCAUCGCAAAAGUUUGAGACCGUGGUCAAUUUCCUUCGCAAGAAGCUGGACUGCAAGGCCACAGACUCGGUCUUUUGCUAUGUGAAUAGCGUGUUUGCGCCCGGUCUGGACGAAGGUGUCGGUGGGCUCUGGCGGUGCUUCAAAACAGAUGAUCAAUUGAUUGUCGCUUACUCCAUGACGCCGGCGUUCGGCUGA